AUGGUGCUGCUCCUCUUCGAGUCCGCUGCGGGGUUUGCCUUGUUCAAGGUUCUGGAUGAGGGCAAGCUGAAGGAGGCCGAGACACAGGAUGUGUGGAGCAGCUUUGAGACCCUGGAUGCCGCAAAGAAGGUUGUGAAGCUGAAGGCCUUCAGCAAGUUUGAGAACACAGCGGAUGCCCUCCAGGCUGCCGCGUCCCUGGUGGACUCUAAAGUCAGCAAGAGCCUGAAGAAGUUCCUGAAGAAGCAUGCCGGCUCCGACACGCUGGCGGUGCUGGAUGCCAAGCUGGGCAACGUGAUCAAGGAGAAGCUGGAGAUCCCCUGCGUGUACUCCACGGGCGUGUCGGAGCUGACGCGCGGCGUGCGCAACCAGCUGGGCGGCCUGCUGGCGGGGCUGGGCCACGAGGCGGACCUGCGCCCCAUGUCCCUGGGACUGUCCCACUCCCUGUCCCGCUACAAGCUCAAGUUCUCCCCCGACAAGGUGGACACCAUGAUCAUCCAGGCCAUCGGCCUGCUGGACGACCUGGACAAGGAGCUGAACACCUACGCCAUGCGCGUGCGCGAGUGGUACGGCUGGCACUUCCCGGAGAUGACCAAGAUCGUGGGCGACAACAUCGCCUACGCCAAGACCGUGAAGCUGAUGGGCACGCGCGAGAAGGCCGCCGACCUCGACUUCUCCGACUUCCUGGAGGAGGAGGUGAGCGAGGAGGACGUGCUGAACGUGGGCGCACUCUGCGACCAGGUCAUCGCCCUCUCCGACUACCGCGGCCAGCUGUAUGACUACCUCAAGUCGCGCAUGGCGGCCAUCGCGCCCAACCUCACCGUCCUCGUCGGCGAGCUGGUGGGCGCGCGCCUCAUCGCGCACGUCGGCUCCCUGGUCAACCUGGCCAAAGCCCCGGCGUCCACCAUCCAGAUCCUGGGGGCCGAGAAGGCGCUGUUCAGGGCGCUCAAGACCAAGCACGAGACGCCCAAGUAUGGCCUCAUCUACCACGCCUCGCUCAUUGGCCAGGCCGCGCCCAAGAACAAGGGCAAGAUCUCGCGCGUCCUGGCGGCCAAGUGUGCGCUGGGCGUGCGAGUGGACGCGCUGGCGGACGUCAGCGACAACGGUGCCAUCGGUCUGGAGGCCCGCACCAAGGUGGAGGCCCGUCUGCGCCAGCUGGAGGGCCGGCAGUUGGAGGGCGAGGCAGCGAGGCCCCGGGGUCUGCCCGGCGCAGCCCCGUACGACGCCGCGCGCCAGGGCGCCGCGCCGACGCUGCUGACCACCCCCAAGGCAUACAACGCGGACGCGGACGUCGUCGCGGCAACCACCGAGAAGAAGAAGAAGAAGAAGCGGGAGGCGGAGGCGGACGUAGUGGAGGCCGAGGAGCCCACCAAGAAAAAGAAGAAGAAGAAGUCGGGCGAUGCAGGGGUGGCAGUGAAUGAAGAGGAGGCAGAGGCAGCCAAUGGCCUUGAGAACGGGGAUAAGGUAAGCGGUGGCUCUUUCCUGUCGUGGUGA